AAGCAGAUCAGCAGUGAGCGCACAUGUGUUCUGUGUUUUGAUAUCGCACACGUUUCGUCGAGUGACGAGACGCCGAACAGACGUAGUUUGAUCCCGAAGAAUACGGACAUACCGCAGACAUCAGUUCAUACAACUGAUAAAAAAAUGACCUGUGUGGAGGGGCUGAGAGUUGUGCCGCUGGAUGUGGUGGACUCAGGCACGCAGCGCUGUCGGGUGGGUCCUCAUCUGAUGUCCAGGCUGGGACUCCGGGUGGGCUCUCCGGUCCUCAUCGGGGUCAGGCAGGGGACAUGUCUCUGUGUCGCGUGGCCACGGCGAGACCUCGCUGAGGGAUACGUUCAGAUCAGCAGCCAGUGCGCCACACCAGACCUGAGCACGCAAACAUUUACUGGACUCACGGUGGACCCGGCACGGAUCAAAGCCCUGAGCUGCCCCAAACUCACCUGCACCAGCGUGAAGGUGUUCGUGCGGAGUCUGAAACACAAGAGACACGUCCGUGAGCUUGUACAGGAACUGCUGAGCGGCCUCUACCUGCACAGGGGUCAUAUGCUUGAUCUGUCUCACGCAGACACCGAGAUCAGGUUUGUUCUGGUUGAGCAUGUUAACUCGGGCGCACACACAGCUGGUUUGGUGACAGACAGAACCCGUGUGGACGUGAGCGCGGUUCAGAGCGCCAAACACUUCCAGAAUCAGCAGCGGGUCUCAGAUCUGUCGCUGGGGGGUCUGGAGGACGUUUAUGCAUCAUUAAAGGAGAUGAUCGUCUUUCCUCUACGCUAUCCUGCUUCUUUACAUCGACUCGGGCUGUCCUGCCCGCGGGGGCUGCUUCUGAUCGGACCGCCCGGUGUGGGAAAGACAUUACUGGUGCGCUGCGUGGCGAAAGACGUCGGGGCCAGGUUAGUGACCGUAAAUGGGCCCGAGGUCACGGGGUCUCGACCCGGCGAGAGUGAAGAGAACCUGCGGCGGGUGUUCGAUCGGGCCCGGGAGGCGGCAGAGGAGGGCUCGUGCGUUCUGCUCAUCGACGAGAUCGACUCUCUUUGCCCGAAGCGAACGAGCGGCAGCAGCGCGCCGGAGAACCGACUGGUCGCUCAGCUGCUGACAUUAAUGGACGGAAUCGGCAGUGAGGAGGGUUUCGUCAUCAUUGGAGUCACGAACCAGCCGGACGCUCUGGAGCCGGCGCUCAGGAGACCCGGCCGCUUCGACAGAGAGGUGGUCAUCGGUGUCCCGCUGCUGCUACAGAGGCGCAGGAUUCUGGAGUGCGUGUGCCGGCAGAUGCCGCUCUCCGCGGACGUUGAUCUGAGCGCUGUCGCCGAAAUGACCUGCGGUUACGUGGGAGCGGAUCUGAGCGCGCUCAGCAGAGAGGCAGCGCUGCUGGCCAUACGACACUCACAGGCAGGAGUCGCUGAGCGUGUGGAGAUGCAACACUUCAUGGCGGCGCUGCAACAGGUGCGGCCCUCGUGUCUCAGGAGCAGCAUAGGAGCGACAGACUUUAAACCUGUCCGCUGGGAGCAGAUUGGAGGACUAGAGGAGGUUCAACUAAAACUCAAGCAGAGUAUCGAGUGGCCCAUGAGGUUUCCUGAAGCAUUCGUGCGGAUGGGCAUCUCUCGGCCCAGAGGAGUUCUGCUGUAUGGACCGCCGGGCUGUGCGAAGACCACGCUGGUGAAAGCGGCUGCAUCUUCAUCUCGCUGCACCUUUCUGUCGGUCAGCGGGGCCGAGAUCUUCUCUCCGUAUGUGGGAGACUCGGAGAAAACCCUCACACAGUUAUUUGUUCAGGCACGAGCGUGCGCACCCUCCAUCGUGUUCCUGGAUGAGAUCGACAGUAUUGUGGGUUCUCGAUCAGACGGCGGUUCCUCUCACAGCGUGCAGUCGCAGGUUCUGUCUGUUCUGCUCACCGAGUUGGACGGAGUUGGAUUUCGAAGCGUGGAGAGACGGAGCGGCAGCAGAAGAAUGCGUCAGUUAGAGGGUGGAGAACAAGAGCCAGACGAACUGCAUCAGAUGGAACUUCAGGAGGUGUGUAACAAAGAUGUUUUGAUCGUGGCUGCCACUAAUCGAGCAGACGUUCUGGACAGCGCUCUGCUCAGACCCGGCCGACUCGACCACAUUAUAUACGUACCCCCUCCAGACACUGAGGCUCGUGAGGCGGUCCUGCGCGUGUGCACUGAACAUGUUCCGCUCCAUCCUGACGUGUGUUUGAGGGAUCUAGCUGAACUAACAGAACGCUUCUCUGGAGCGGAUCUACAGAACCUGUGCAGAGAGGCUGCUCUCGCGGCUCUGUGUGAGGACGGUUUCACUGUUUCCUGUGUGAGACACCGACACUUCCUGAAGACUCUACACAGUUUAACUCCAUCUCUGACUCCUGACCAACUUCAGCAGAACAUCCACCUGUCUGUCAGUUCAUAAAAACAUCAUGUGUGUUUCUCUCUUAUGUGUGUGUAACUGUUGCGUGUUAAAGUAUCUGAUUUUGCUGAUAGUUUGUUUUAUAAACUCAUGGUAAUAUUAAUAUUUUGCUAUUCCAGGGAUGUCACCUGGUACAGAAAUAAAAUCUUAUCCUGUUUUGUUGUUUGGUAGUAACAGGACGUGCUGGUUUGUUGUGGUGAUUGAACCAGCUGGUGAAAAACAGAGUUGUGACACUCGCAUAGACGUCCGUUGAGAGAAUGGAAUGCUGAAUAACUCGUCACGGAGGGCUCUAUAGUUACAAAUAUUGCAUUGAAGUUCAUUCAUUUCACUGUUUCUCAAACACAUUCGCUUCUUAGUUGUGAAAAUACAUCUCUCUAAAACUUGUUUUAUUUUGAGGAAUUUUUUGAAACAACAUUUAGUUAAAUGGCUUUUCUGUGUGUCUGUAUGUGUGUUUGAACUAUUUUCUAUAAAGACCGCUUAUUGUAUAAAAUGUAAUCUAACCUCAACUUGUAUAAAUUACAUAAUGAAAUAUCUUACUGACUGAAA